AUCAAGCUUGCGGCCAAACGACUGAUAACUUAUUGAAAAAAAAAUCCAAAAUAGGAACCCAGAUGGAUUUCCGAUCCAGCCGUUGAUAUAUAAAGACGAACUUUCAGGAAAAUUGUCACUAUUAUUGUAGAACUUACAAGCGUAGGAGAUCCGUCAAACAUAUCAAUUGCUAAAAAUCUGUCAGCGAUAGACUUACAAUGAAAGAUCAAGGAAGAAACCGAUUCAUGGUUGUUCUCCUUAUAUCGUUUGUUUUAUGUGACCAGAUUCUGUGUACUACUAUUCGAUGUGGGUCGGAAUUUAGGGCAGCUGUACGGACGGUCUGCAUGGCAAAACGUAUGCCUAGUUAUGGUCCUAAUGUUUAUGAAAACGCUUUAGGCCUACUAGCCGGCGGCCGACUACCGUAUGAUAGUGAGCAAGAAAUCAAGACUCGAUUAUUUCCACGGUUGAGAAAAUCUAGAAGUACGUACACCGGCCCGCACGACUUUUGCUGUACACAUGGUUGUGACGAUGACUUUAUUAGGGUUCGAGUUUGCUAAAAAUGUCAUAUAAGUUUAUUAAAAAUAUUGAAAUACAAUUGUGUUUUACAUAGAAAUUUCGUUGAUUUGUUCACAUUACAAAAUAUUUUUAAUUUUGUGAUGUGAUAAUGAUUUCAGCGUCUCUUGAUAAGGCAAAUUAUAUGAGUGUCAGGUUAUUUCAGGUACUUUCAUUCAAGAAAUGAAUAAUAUGUCCAAAAUGAGACAUGAGGCUUUCGUAUAAGAUGUGUCAAUUUGGCUUCUUUAAAAUAUUAAAAUUAGUGUUAGAGCAAAUUUGAUAAAAUUUUCAAUUAUUUACAAGCUUUCAAAAUUACUUUCAAUCUUGUAUUAUGGUUAUUUAUACACGAUAAACAUUAGGGCUUACUACAUUAAUAAUAUUAUUUAUUACAUAUAUAUUGUAUUUAUAUAUAUAUAUAUAUAAUAUAUAUAUAUGCAUAUAUAAUAUAUAUGAUAGAGAUAAACUCUAAACCGAGAUGUGCAUAGCACUGAAUAUAAUAUUAAUAUAACAAUAGGUAAAUUUAAAUCAAGUUUGCUGCGUAGGACCGUAACAAAUAAAUAAGUAAAAUAAUAACAGUGUUUAUUUAAUAGAAACAUGUUGUAAUAAUCGUAUCAAGAAUCAAAAGAAAAUUUCUUUUAUUGCAGUUGUAUGAAAAGGUGUCUGGGAUUUCUAUAGGAUAGUUACAGUUCUUUUUAAUACUUAAUAAAUAAAUAGGAAAUAAAAAUAGUACAGUAAUAUAUAUAUAUAUCCAUAAUUAGACAUAUUACAAACACAUGCAGAGUAGUAUCCUUCCAUCUCCGCAACAUCAAGGCAGUUAGGCGUUUUUUAAAUGAAGAUGCUACAUCAAAACUU